AUGUCUUCCUCCAUUCAACCCGACAUGUUCACAGACCCGGUCGCUCUCUCGACCCGGGGAAAGACCCGCAAACUCCCUUCCCAGACUGCCGAUCCUUCGUCUUCCACCACGUCCACGCCAUCCACGUCCACGUCAUCCACACCCAUCCCAUUCGUGAAGCCGCGCCCGAAGGCUUCAUCAUCAAAUAUGACCCGUUAUUCUCCACGAUCCCGCGCCGGUAAAUCCACUGGCCGCAAAAACAAGAAGAAUACCAGCAGGCGGACCUGUCGAUUGUGUGGACACGGCCCGUUCUCGAGAACCUCCGACUGUUGGCGACAUAUACGAAAAUCGUGCCCACGAAACCCGGAUGCCAAAUCGAACCCGCUGAAGUGCGCGAAGUGCGGGAAACUUCUCUCGCGGCUGGACGCAUUGCAGAGGCAUCGCAAGUACUGCAGGGGUAGAUCGGGGCAGACUGGGAGACUGAGGAGGGCAGUCGCGACGCAGGCGCCUGUGGUGGUCGACGAGGGUGACAGUGACGAAGAUAGCAGUCGGGAGGACGAGGACGAGGUGUCUGACGAUGCGGCGAGUGGCGACCAGGUGGAUUCAGAGUACGUGGAUGAUGGGGAGUCCAUGGGCGACUACGGGAACUACGACGACGACCACGCUGAGGAAGAGGUACCCGAGAACAAUGUGGCUGGCCACGCUGAAGGUCCCGAGGAUGUCGAGGUCGACGAUGCUGACACUAACCACGACGACGAAUCCGACGCUGAAGACGAUGUCGAUAUCGUCCCUCAGGCUAUUGCUGCCUCUGCCUUGCUCAAUCUCCAUAACGGUGUUCGCUCUUCUUCAUCAGCUACAUCCUACUCGUCUACCCCGACUAUUCUCGCUACUUCUUCUUCCGCCGAGGAUGGGUUCCCUCUCAUCGCUGCUACUGGAGCUCUUGACCCUGUCACUGAACAUUCUACUACUGGUGUAGCUGGUAAAGUAUCGUCGCCUGUACUUUCUGCUAGCCUGCCGCAGUCUGCGUCAGUGGCAGCUUGUCCCUUUCCCUCUUACUCCGGUCAACGCGACGCUUCGUCUGUAAAUGUCCCCGUCGUAUUCGAUGCUAUGAGCCAGGGGAAAUCUCACUCCUUGGGCAAGGGGGCGGAUACGACUACUGCUGCAGGGCCCAUCGACGUCGGUGGAGAGGUCGUUGUCGGUCAGCCAAUUGAGGAUCGCAACACAAGCUCAGGCAAACAGACUCCGACGGCGAUGUCGACACCCCAGCCCGAGUCGGAUGUGGCUCAGCGCGAGCUGGACUUGGCUAAGGCUCAGGCUCAAUUGCAAGCUCAGGCUGAGAAGCGUUUCACGGACUGGGACUGGUCCCCCGCUUUCCCCACUCCCACUGAUGACUCGGAUUCGGACGCAGAAGACUAUUAG